UGUCAUCGGUGUCCUCACUGGUGCCGAUGACUACCUCUAUGCCUAUGGGGUUGCGCGCCUCCCCAUAUCCACUGCGGCUCUGAUCAUUGCCUCCCAGUUGGGUUUCACUGCACUUUUUGCAUACCUUCUUGUGAAGCAAAAGUUCACUUCGUACUCAAUCAACGCGGUGUUUUUGCUCACCGUUGGAGCUGGAAUUUUGGCUCUUCACACGAGCAGUGACCAUCCAAAGGGAGAGUCUAACAGAGAGUAUUUUGUGGGGUUCUUCAUGACAGUUGCAGCCGCAGCUUUGUACGGGUUCAUCUUGCCAUUGGUGGAGUGGACAUACAAGAAGGCAAGACAGGCCAUUAGCUACACGCUGUUGAUAGAGUUUCAGCUGGUGAUGUGUUUCUUUGCUACUGUUGUCUGCACUAUUGGGAUGAUUAUCAAUAAUGACUUCAAGGCAAUUCCGAAGGAGGCAAGAGAAUUUGAACUUGGGGAAACAGCAUAUUAUGUGGUGCUGGUAUGCAGUGGCAUAAUUUGGCAGUGUUUUUAUCUGGGCGCAAUUGGAGUCAUCUUCUUUGCCUCAUCUCUGCUCACUGCAAUUAUAAUAGCGGUUCUCCUCCCCGUGACUGAAAUCUCAGCCGUUAUUUUAUACCACGAAAAGUUUCAGGCAGAGAAAGGGGUCUCUUUUGUUCUCUCCCUUUGGGGAUUUGUUUCCUACCUCUAUGGUGAGCGAAAAGAUAGCAACAAGAAGACUGGAACUCUGAAUCCCGAAACAGAGUUGCCACAGACUAUUACCGCUCCAUGAUGAACGUAUAUAAACAAUACUGAGCAUAGCACUUAAAUAAUCCACUUGUGUUCUCCUUUCCGUCUAUAUAAUGCAUACACUACAGCUUAAUUUGUUGAGCUGGUUCCAUGGCUUUGCUGGUUUUGAUAUGUGAUCCGUGGAUUUUUUGUUAGAUCUAUUUGGGUGGA